CAGUAAACCACAGCCUGCAGCGAGUGCUCUGUGCGCUGGUGCUUUCCGCUGUGACUCGCACUUGACAUGUUCGCUCCUGCUCUUGGCAGGCCAGCCUCGCUCCAUCUCUUCCAGCAUGGACCAAAGGGAAAUCCUGCUGCAGAACCUGGAAAGAGCCCAGAGCAAGAAGCUCAACCAAGAAGCAUUUGCAGAUGAGUUUUUGAAGCUGAAAAGGCAGUCAACAAAAUAUAGGUCGGAUAAGAUCUACCCUACAGCCACAGCUGAGUGCCCAGAGAACAUCAAGAAGAACAGAUACAAAGACAUCUUGCCCUAUGACCACAGCAGAGUGGAGCUAUCCCUAAUCACAUCAGAUACAGAUUCUCAUUACAUCAAUGCCAACUUCAUCAAGGGAGUCUAUGGGCCGAGAGCAUAUAUUGCAACCCAGGGUCCUCUCCCCACCACUGUCACUGACUUUUGGAGGAUGAUUUGGGAGUAUGAAGUCCUGAUCGUGGUCAUGGCCUGCAUGGAGUUUGAAAUGGGAAAGAAAAAAUGUGAGCGGUACUGGGCAGAGGUGGGCGACCCCUCCCUGCAGUGCGGCCCCUUUUCCGUUACCUGUGAAGCUGAAGAGAAGAAAAACGAAUACGUGAUCAGGACUUUAAAAGUGACCCUGAAUGAAGCAGCGCGCACCAUCCACCAAUUCCACUACCAGAACUGGCCUGACCACGACAUUCCCUCUUCCAUUGACCCCAUUCUGGAGCUCAUUGGCGAGGUUCGCUGCUACCAGCCAGAUGACAGCAUCCCCAUCUGCAUCCACUGCAGUGCUGGCUGUGGGAGAACAGGAGUUGUUUGUGCCAUUGACUACACCUGGAAGCUGCUGAAGGAUGGGAUUGUUCCAGUGAACUUCAGUAUAUUCAGUCUGAUCCAGGAGAUGCGCACACAAAGGCCUUCGAUAGUGCAGACCAAGGAGCAGUACAAGCUGGUUUACAAUGCUGUCAUUGAGCUCUUCAAAAGGCAGAUUGAAGCACUGGAUGCCCAGGAAGAUUCUGCUUCUCUACAGGAAAAGUCACCACAACAAAUGCACAGCCUCUUGCAGCCUGAGGCACACCAGGUUCUAACAAGGCACCCUGAACCCAAGCCACUGCUGAGCCCUGUGGAAGAUAUUUAUUCUCUGAGUAGUUUGCUAACCUGCUCGGGACGAGAGGACCACGAUGAGCACCAACACCUUCCUCCACUGGUACAAAACGAAGCGCCACUGACAUCCCUGUCUGCCACAGCAGCACGGGGCAGCUCUGGGGACACAGGCCCUUCCAUCAGACCAGCGGUCUCUGUCGGCACUCUGAAUGUUAGCGGCACCAGACACGCAGCUGCUGUCAAGAUGUGGGGUGCAGGAGAAGCCCUGCAGAAGCACCGCAGUUUGCAGUUCAGCAGCAGGUCCUCUGAGCAGCUGCUGCUGGACCUGGAGCUGCAGGGAACAGGCAGGAAAGGGGCCCAUGGCAAAGUACCUCUGGCACGGACCACAUCGAUACCUUUUGUGCUGGCACAGCAAAGAGAAGUCUGGGCUUGUGAUGGAGGGAAUGCAAAACCCACUUCGAAUUCUCAGUCACCAAAUGCCUGCUGUUCAGGCUUCCAGGUGAAGGAGCAGGAUGUACUUUCCUUUUCCCCUGCUGAGCUGAACCACUCAAGCCAAAUAGCAGACGGUCCCCCUGGCCACAGGAACUGCAGGCAGUGUCCUUACCCUUACUGUUGUUCAGCAGAAGACCCCUACUUCUCUUCACUCUCCCCAGAAGAGCUGCCAUCCCCAGAGCCACCUGUUGGGCAGGAUGCACUGGGCCCUCCUUGCACAGUGCCUACCGCCCCACUGCUCUGGCCUGCAUCCCACCACGCUGCCCAGCCAAGCACUGGGAGGACAUCCUCACCGAACAUCCUGCCCCAGACAGAUGAUGAUGAUCCUCCACCCCUGCCAGAGCGAACUCCUGAGUCCUUUAUUGUGGCCAGUGAAUCAGAACUUCCCCUGGCCACCUCAGAUUUUCAGUUUCCACCUAAACAUGAAAAUACUGGAACCUCCUUGGAGCAGAGUAGUGUGUCUCCCUCAGUGACGUUUAAUGACUCAAUGAGACUGAGACCAAGUAAGAGUUUAAAGCUUCGGAGCCCACACUCAGAGACAAACCAGGAUCGCUCCAGCUCUCCUCCCCCACUUCCUGAAAGAACCCCGGAGUCGUUUGUUCUCGCUGAUGGAGAAAGUUUGCAGCUUCCUGGAAGAAGUUCUACAGCUAGUUCUUGGGACUUGAGUAAUGGAGCUUCUGAAACAUCAUCAAAAGAGCCUGUGAAAUGCUUCAGGAGAAGCAAGAGUUUGAAAAUAUUCAAAAACGUGAGAAAAAGCGUCUGUACUGCAUCUUCACUGACAAAACCAUCAGAAUCUGCACCUUCAAAUCAUCUGAGCUCUUUCUUUAAUUUCGCCUUUGCGAGUCGAUUUUCAAAACCGAAAGGAUCAAGAAACCCACCACCAGCAUGGAACAUUUAGGUAAACCUCGUAGAUUUGGUGUCACAGAGGUGUGAAUACCUUCUGAUACUCCACGAGUGCUCACUUCAGGAAGGUUUCCAUCAACGUGAACACACAAAACGUGUCGCAUGAUAUCUGCAGAUGAGGCACUACUCGCACGUUCUUCAGCUGAAGAUCUGAAGUACAGGAGCACGCGUAACUACCAGCAGCUGAUCGCUUUCAGUUAAAUCACAACGGGGUGGACAUCAAACCCAGGAACGGAUAUUUCAUCCUAAAGAGUCAUCAAUUUUUGUUGCGUUUUGGGAUGUUUACUUCAGAACGGUAGAUUUGAGCUUUCUGAAAGAAAACUGUGAGUGAUUCCAGUGAGCGCUGCUGAAUGGUACAGAGGUCCAAGGAGGGACCGAACCACCACAAGGAGCUGAGACCUGCAGACGCCGUGUCACUGUUUCCUUCUGUGUUUCCAUCACUUGAACUGAAAGGGAAUUAGUAUCUCAAACUAUAUUUUCCCCCUCACAUUUAAUGGUCUUUUUUCUCAUAUGAAUCAGAUUAUUUUUCCUGUUUUUUGGUUAACAAAGAUACUGCAGGACUGUGGAAACUGCAGCCCUCACUAUACGAAAACCCACACAGCGAUCCCAGCGCCCACAACUGACACCCGUUUGUAUUUAAUAUUUUUACGACGCGGGAAACUCUGAAAGCCAUAUCCAAAUUCGGGAAUGGCUUAUUUAAUCUAGGAAGUAUUUUAUGAUGUGUGACAAAUGCUGUGUAAAUAAAUAAAGUUUAUUUAUGGGCCGGGAAUUCACCCGCGCACGCAACACCGCAA